CGCGGCGAUGUGUAAACUCUAUAAAGCCUACUCUUUCUAGAUCAGAUAUACACUACUUCCAUUUUCCCUCUGUUCAUCAGCAAUCAGACAUGGCAGACAAACAAUCCCUGAAUGGUGCCUACUACGGCCCCUCAAUCCCACCGACGCGAAAAUCCUACCACCGCCACGGCCACGGCCGCGGCAGUGGUUGCUGCGGCUGCUUUGGGUGCCUUUUCGGCUGCCUCUGCGAUUGCAUUUUCGGCCUCAUUUUCAAAAUCGUCUUCACUAUCCUCGUAAUCGUUGGCCUCGCCGCCCUAAUCGUCUGGCUCAUCCUCCGCCCCAACAACCUCAAGUUCCACGUCACCGACGCGUCUCUCACGCAGUUCAGUUUCACCACCACCACCAACACGCUCCAGUACAACAUGGCGCUCAACCUCACCGUCAGAAACCCCAACAAGAGGAUUGGCAUAUACUACGACACCAUCCAAGCCAACGGUUACUACGAAGGCCAGAGAUUUGGCACGGUGGAUUUGACGCCGUUCUACCAAGGGCACAAGAACACGACUGUAUUGAGCACCGCGUUCGACAGCCAGCAUGUGGUGGUUCUGGGAACUGACGAGCUCUCCAAUUUUAAUUCGGCGACGAGUGAUGGGAUCUACAGUAUUGAUUUGAAGCUGAAUCUUAAAAUCAGGGCGAAGGUUGGUUGGAUCAAGAUUGGGAAGUUCAAGCCCAAGAUCAAGUGUGGGUUAAAGGUUCCUUUAACCUCUAAUGCAAGUAGCUUUGAGACUACCAAAUGCAGUUUGGAUCUCUGAUCAUCACAGCACGCCUCUUACAUUAUUAUUAUUAUUAUUAUUAUUAUUAUUUAUUUCUACGAUAUUACCAUACCUUUGUCUUUAAUAUAUUUUUUUUGGGCAUAUGUUUUUGUCAUUGAGUUUAUUUGUCAGUUUUUCAUUGGUAAAUAAAUAAAAUAUAGAAUUCGGUGGUUU